UGUGAGGCAGGUAGCGCGGGUUGCUGCCCGGCUCGGCUUCUCGCCGCCCCCGCCGCCGCCCCCCGGGAGGGCCUGAUCCCGCAGCGGCCGCCGGAGCUGGGAGGCCGCCUGCGCCGCGGGCCGGGGCCCCGACUUCCCCAGGCCCGGUCCCCUUCCGCCGCCCCGUCCCGGGCCCGGGCCCCUUCCGCCGGCCGCCCAGCUCUCGGGGCAGCCGCGCUGGGCUGAGCUGAGGCCCGGAGUCAGGCUUAUGCGACGUCCCUGCCCCCGCUCGCCUCGCGCUGCCCCCCGCUGCCGGCCGCGGGGGCUGGCGGACCUGCUCGGGCCUUGUGUUGCGGCCGGCCCCGGCUCGGCCCCCCGGCUCGCCCGACUGGCCCGCUGAGCCUGCCGUAGGGGCCUGGGGCUGCUGGGCAGCGCGGGGGGGGGGGUCCUGCCCGGGGGGCCGAACUCCCCAGCGCCUCGCCAUGGCCGGCGCCAUCGCCUCUCGGAUGAGCUUCAGCUCCCUGAAGAGGAAACAGCCCAAAACCUUCACCGUGCGGAUUGUGACCAUGGACGCCGAGAUGGAGUUCAGCUGCGAGGUGAAGUGGAAAGGGAAGGAUUUGUUCGACUUGGUAUGCAGGACACUGGGACUUAGAGAAACCUGGUUCUUUGGACUUCAGUACACGAUCAAGGAUACCGUGGCCUGGCUCAAAAUGGACAAGAAGGUCCUGGAUCAUGAUGUUCCAACAGAGGAGCCGGUCACUUUUCACUUCCUUGCCAAAUUUUACCCUGAGAAUGCGGAGGAGGAGCUGGUUCAGGAGAUCACACAGCACUUGUUCUUUCUGCAGGUAAAGAAGCAGAUUUUAGAUGAGAAGAUCUACUGUCCUCCUGAGGCAUCUGUGCUGCUGGCCUCCUAUGCCGUCCAAGCCAAGUAUGGUGAUUACGAUCCCACUGUUCAUCAGCGUGGCUUCCUAGCACAAGAGGAGUUGCUUCCAAAACGGGUAAUUAACCUGUACCAGAUGACUCCAGAAAUGUGGGAGGAAAGAAUAACAGCCUGGUAUGCAGAACAUCGAGGCAGGGCAAGAGAUGAAGCUGAAAUGGAAUAUUUGAAGAUCGCUCAGGACUUGGAGAUGUAUGGAGUAAACUACUUUGCGAUUAGGAAUAAGAAGGGCACCGAGCUGUUGCUUGGGGUUGAUGCACUGGGGCUUCACAUCUACGACCCAGAAAACAGGCUGACCCCCAAAAUCUCUUUUCCGUGGAACGAGAUUCGGAAUAUCUCUUACAGUGAUAAGGAGUUUACAAUUAAGCCAUUGGACAAAAAGAUCGAUGUCUUUAAAUUCAAUUCAUCAAAGCUGCGUGUGAAUAAGCUGAUUCUUCAGCUCUGUAUUGGAAACCACGAUCUAUUCAUGAGGAGGAGGAAGGCAGACUCGUUGGAGGUCCAGCAGAUGAAAGCACAAGCCAGGGAGGAGAAGGCCAGAAAGCAGAUGGAACGACAGCGGCUGGCUCGAGAGAAGCAGAUGAGGGAAGAGGCAGAGCGAACAAGGGAUGAGUUGGAGAGGAGGUUGUUGCAGUUAAAGGAGGAGGCGACAAUGGCCAAUGAGGCUCUGAUGAGAUCUGAAGAGACAGCAGACUUGCUGGCUGAAAAAGCCCAGAUCACAGAAGAGGAAGCCAAGCUGCUGGCUCAGAAAGCAGCUGAGGCGGAGCAGGAGAUGCAGCGGAUCAAAGCCACGGCAAUCCGGACAGAGGAAGAGAAACGGUUGAUGGAACAGAAGGUCCUGGAGGCAGAGAUGUUGGCGUUGAAGAUGGCAGAAGAAUCGGAGAGAAGGGCAAAGGAGGCUGAUCAGCUAAAGCAGGAUCUUCAGGAGGCUCGAGAGUCUGAGCGGAGAGCAAAGCAGAAGCUCUUGGAGAUCACCAGCAAGUCAUCCUACAUGCAGCCCAUGAACUCAGGUAUGACAGCGCUGCCUGCUGACCUGCCAAGUUUCAACCUCAUCAGUGAGAGCCUCUCCUUUGACUUCAAGGAUACAGACAUGAAGAGACUUUCCAUGGAAAUAGAGAAAGAGAAAGUGGAGUACAUGGAGAAGAGCAAGCACCUGCAGGAGCAACUGAACGAAUUGAAGACCGAGAUUGAGGCGCUGAAACUGAAGGAGAGGGAGACAGCGCUGGAUAUACUGCACAACGAGAAUGCUGACCGAGGCAACAGCAAGCACAACACUAUUAAAAAGCCUCAAGCCCAAGGCAGAAGACCUAUCUGCAUUUGAGACUUCAAACUCACCUUGCAGAGCACCAAGUCCCGCGUGGCCUUCUUCGAGGAGCUGUAGGAGGUGACCCAACCAUCGUGCACUGCUGCUUCCAGCGAGCCAGCCACCUGCCAGCCAGAACCUCCUUCAGCAAGGCCAUGUAGGCACAUCCCAAUGGCUGGGGAUGGAGCCCCUCUACCUGCUGGCUGGGUGCAUUCUGGGACAUGAUGCUGCUCCUGUGCAAUGGACUUGGUCCGUCAGCAGUCCAUGGAUUUCAGCGUGAUGUUCUCUAGUUUAGUCUAUCCUAAUCCCCCUUGUAGGUUUUUAACUAGCUACCCUCUUCUGCCAUUUAUAAUGCAGAGCUGUGGUAUCCCUUGCAGUCUUUUUAAGCAGCAUUUGUAUUUGGUCGUGACUGUCAUGUGACCUCCUGGGAGAUGGUGAGCAAGCGCGUGUGCCUUGGAAGGGGCCCCUUUCUCUUCCGGCCCUGCUUUAGGGAAUGCCACAAAUAAUGUGCGCUCCUGCAGGCGGAGCUUUGGUGCCUUUGGCAGUUCGGGAGCCAGGGGGUGGGAUGUGUGCUACUCUCGUCAGACCCCCAGUACUUCUGCCUGACUUUCAGGGGGGCUGAGUACUGGUGGACUCCAUUGGUGACACACACAUUGGUGUAAUGGAAUGCUGUAAAUUGGGGGUAUAGCCUCACCUAGGAGAGCGUGGUUAGGUCUGGUCUUCCCGCCUGUUAGAGGAUCUAACAGACAUAGAAGGGGUUCAGAGAUACGCCGUGGGAAUAGGUUUGGAACGACUUCUGUACGAGGAGAGAUUGAAAAGACUCUAGCUGUUUACCUUGGAGAGUUGCCGCAUAGAGGGGACAUUACAAAGGUGUGCAAACUAAUGUAUGGGAUGGAGAAGGUAGAUCUACCCUCUCUGGUAUGACCUAAGAGCAAGGGUAUAGUCAAGGAAACUGAAAAGUGGGCUAUUCAGCACUGAUCAAAGGAAAUACUUUCCCACACAGUGUGCAAUGAGCCUCUGGAAGUCCUUGCUACAAGAUUCUAUUGACACCAAGAAAUUUGUAGGAUUAGGUCUUUGUCUGGAUACAAAAACAGCCAGAAAUCUAGCAGUGAACAUUUAAAAAGUGAAGGGAUAUGAACCUUCAUGCUUGUAUCUAGAAGCUGACCUCUAAAUAAUGUAAAUCAGGAGGGAAUUUCCUCUGUGCCUUGGUCAUCCCAUAGCAACCUACUAUAGCCUUCUUUUCACUUUCCUCUGAAGUAUCUGGCGCUGGCCACUGCUGGAGAUGGGCCGUGGGUCUGAUCCACUAUGUCAGUUCCUGUUCGUGGGAGCUGCAUGCGCUCAGCCUCCCUGCACAUCACCUCCCUUGCUCCAUUUUGACUCCUCUGGUAGAGUGGUAACCAGCACCCCAUGAGCUGGGGCUCCACUGAGAGCAGUUCCAGUAUCUCUUUGCUGCUGAGUCCUGUUCAGCAAUGUUCUCUCUAAUUUUUGACAGGCCGUGUGCCCCAAAAAUUUCUUCUGUGCACGUUUUUGUGCGUGCGGUGUUUCGCUGCGUGCGUGGGGUUUAGGAUCUGUGUGCACGCGCACAGCUUAGGGGGAGCAGUGCUGUUGUGUGAGAAUGGCAGGAGCAGCCUUGCUCUGGCUGGGGCAGAGUCUGUGGUUUCCGGUCCCUGAAGGAGCAUGCUGUGGACACUCGUGCGUCCUCUGCCUGCCGUGAGAAGAGCCAAGCAACAGGGCUGAGGGACUAAAGCUGCCAAGGUGACGUUGUCUGCUAAGUGAAGUAGCUCUCUCCUAGCAAGGGACUCUAGACAGCUAUGUCGAAGAAGUCAGUGGCAUCCUCAGCUCUUGAAAGGGCCUAGGUCUGCUGCCUUGGGAGGAGAGGGAUAGCUUCUGGCACAUGCUUUGUCAACCCCCUGCCUCCUUUGCCAGUGCUAGCCCCUCUCCUGCCCUGCUUUGUAUUCUCUGUUUGGGGGACGAGUGGGGAGAGGUGCUAGAAAUCACUUACAAUUUAUCUUCUAGGUGCUGGAAGUAGGGGGGCUGCUUAAAGAAUUUGGUAAAUUCAUGGAGGAUUGGUCCAUCAAUGGCCAUUAGCCAAGAUGGUUAGGGAUUAAGCCCCAUGCUGCGGGUGUCUGUAAGCCUCUGACUGCCAGAUGCUGGGACUGGCCCAUGGGAUGGGCUCACUCAGUAGCUGUCCUGUACCAUUCAUUGCCUCUGAAGCCUGUGGUACAGGUCACUGUCAGACAGGACACUAGGCUAGAUGGACCAUUGGUCUGACCCCGUAUGGCUGUUCUUAUUUAAACAACACUAGCAAUCGUGUCCUCGCUGUCCACUCUCAGCAAUGCUGAGCAAUCACUAAUGGUCUGUCUUUAACCCACCCAAUUCACUUGCCUUUAUUUUACUUUUUUCAACAGCCUGGUUUAAUCACAGAGAGCUGAAUCUAGCCCUGUGGUGACUUCAGUCGAGUUAUGGACAGGGUGGAUUUGACCCAGAGUCAGCCCUUGGCUCGGCGUAGUACAGGUGUUCUCAAACUUUUGUACUGGUGACCCCUUUCACACAGCAAGACUCUGAGUGUGACCCCCCCCUUAUAAAUUAAAAACACUUUUUUAUAUAUUUAACACCAUUAUAAACAUUGGAGGCAAAGCGGGGUUUGGGGUGGAGGCUGAUAGCUCGUGACCCCGCCAUGUAAUAACCUCACAACCCCCUGAGGGGUCCUGACCAUAGAACCCCUGGUAUAGUAUAUCCUGGCUUUUAUCAGAUCACACCCGUGAAUCCUUUUAUUUAAAAGGUCCCUGAUGUGCGUUGAAUCUCCUCCCACUUGGAAGUGUAUGUGUCUGAAAUUCAGAUGGAUAAAGCAGUUUUUUCCUUGGGAUGGGGUCUGGGACAGAAAGGCCUUUUUUUUUCUACUCCCGUGGAUUGUUAUAUUCUGAAGAUACCAUUGUUUUCUCAUGUGUUUUAAUAAAAAUUGAAAGCAGUUGGA